AUGACGGAAGUGCCGUCCGAGGUAUCGUCGCCCGUCGCAUCGGCAACGGGAGGUCUUGCUGCUGGAGAUUUGAGCGUUAUUCCCCACAGGUCAGCCUCGAACAAACUCCCACCACAAAGCUCCACCCACUCGAGCGACAACAAAGACCGUGGAGGUCAUGUCCAAGCAGAUACUCGCCCUUCUUCGGUUGAUGCUGAUGAACGUCGCAGCAGCAACGGGCGUGAAGCUUCUCGUGGAGCUGGUGUAAAUAUUUCGCAGUCUUCAAGCGUCUCCGGGGGAGCCGGGGGUGGCGGCAAUGGAGUUGGAGGAGUUGGGGGAGCAGGAGGUGCAGACAAGCUUCUUCUCGGGAGCAAGAUUAAACACUUGAAGAAGCCCGACGGUGUACCGCUUUGGAGAAAAGAUAUCCAAUUUGAGUUCUUGGAGGCCAUAUUUACAGACUCGAAGCAGGUCUUUACGAACAGCUAUGACGGAAGGAAGGAAUGCACUUUUGCGGAUGUGUACAUUGAUGCCAUGGCCCGGAGCAGCAAAACUAGCAAGAUCUUAAGGGAUAAGCUCAUGAGUGAAAGGGCUAAUGCGUUGAACAUGGCCAUGGUUUGUUUGUUGGUGAAUGUGGGAAGGAUGAAUACAACGUUGAAUUUUUUCCCCGAAAUGAAGGCUCAACUGCGAACUUACCAUGCCAUCCCCUCACUACAGUCAUAUACUGAUGCGCACGCAUACAAACAACUUCAAGACGCACCACGGUUGAAAUCAAUUCUUAAGGGCGCAUGCGAGGAUCGUAAAGAACCAUUAACUCUUGAGCAACUAGAAGGAAUGGAAGUUCCCCGAACAAACCCAAUAAAUCUAGUCUUUCUUCUUUCAACAUAUGCACCAAAGGUUUCUGAGCUGCAUUUUCCUGAGUCUAGGGACUUUUACGAUCUUAUUAUGAGGAGUACCCUUUCAAGUAAGAGUAGGGCAAGAGCUUUCCUAUGGCUGAUGUGGUGGUAUCUUGAAGGGGAUUUUACGAUAAAAUCAGCCGAAGAUAAUCCCUAUGGGAAAGGCCAAGAGGCAAAAGAUGGCGGGAUACCUUGCAGGGUCCCACAGUUUGAACAUUUAACUGAGGACCAGGCCGCUUUGGAGAACGUCGAUGCGACUCAGGAAAUAGAGUUUGGAGAACGAAUGCAAAAAGAGCGAAAGAAGUUGAUUGAGGAUAUUGGAAAUGCGCCUGCACCGUCCGCUGGAAAGAAAGGAAAAAAACAUAUCGCCCCUUCCCCAGAAGACGAUACUCAAUCACCAGCAGGCUCCCUUCGAAAUUCUACCCGCACCAACAAAAGCCACCACUACUCACAGAAUGAGCAGUAUGAGUACGAUUCUGAUAAUAAUCACGAUCAAACACGUUCUGUCUCUCCUCAGAACUUGAUGACACCUUCUGGCAAUGGAACUCCCAGGAUCAUUCUACGGACCGGCGGUAAACAACUGUCCUCUUCGGAUACCCCUGGUCACCUCAUGGCCGCGAGAUCGAUUCAACCAUCAAUGUCAGGGGACAAAGGAAGCCCGAUGAUGGGCUCAGAGAGAGGGCCCAAGCAAAGGCCGCUGACAAGUCACCAAAUCGCUGUCCAACAGAAUAGAAAAGAUAGGGCCGAAUACAUGAUUAAUCGCAAACUCAGAAGUCUCGAUAGGAAGUCUAUGAAGAUAAGAUUGAAGGAGGGCGCUAUGGUUAGGUGCUGGAGGAGGAUUAAGAAUCUCGAGGACCCGUUUGACAAGAGUGACGAUGAGAGGGAUGUCCGGAUUGUACGUAUCCACGAGGCGCCGGCAGUUGUUUCGGGAAAGGAGUCGGAUGCUAUGGCUGAGGAUGGUAAUCCAUUCGGAAACACAGCUAGUAUCCCUGGAACGCUUGGGGAAGAUGGUGUCUUAAUUGAACCAACCCCAAAGAAGAUUAAGCUUGAGCACAACACCCCUCAUGAUUCUCACCAUAGACGUUCUACCAAUGGAACCGUUCUUCCUUCUGCAGCUGGAUUGAUCCCUGUCGAAGAAGAGGAAGAUGAUUAUGGGGAAGAAGCUAGUUCUCUUGCUGCUGCUGUACGUAGGACGACUAGACGAUUGGAUAGAUGGGAACAGUCGGAUAGGCAGCGCGCUGCGCAAGGAUUGGCGCCAGCUACUUUCUCCCAUCCUACUGGAAGCGAUGGGCGUCAUUCACAGAUCACUUCGAAGUUACUAGCAGCCGUCAAUCAAGGAGGGAGUGGUGAUGAAAGCGCUCCUGGAGGAGGUCGAGGGAGCGCAAUCUAUGACGAGACACGAGAGCCUAGUUUCGCAGGGGACGAAGAUGAGGAAAUGAUAGAUGAUGCGGAUGCGGACGAAGAUGAGGACAUGGAUGUCGAAUGA